GCGCCACUCCCCUCCGCUGCCCACCACCACAAAAUUUCUUCCACCACGACGCGUCAUAUCCUCCCAAAAGAAAAGCUCACGAUUUUCCUGUCACCUUCCUUCUUCAAGAACGCCAUGGAAAUCUCGCGUGCUCCCCGCGACGGCUUCUUCUUCUUCCCGCAACUUCCCACGCUCUAAACCGAAGGUAAGUAACGCACAGCACCACCGGGACUUGCUCGCUUUCCAUCGCUCUGCUCCUACGACCUUGUCUGUCUCCAUGGCCAUGGCCGCGCCGUGGUCGUCGCCGUCUUGCUGCCCCGCCACCGCGUCGACAAGCGCUCCGCGGCUGCUUGGCCCGCGGAGCCUCCGGGGCGCGGCCUCCUUGGCUGGUUCCAGCAGCAGGAGCUGCAAGCUGCCGCGGCGGCGGCAGCUGUCCGUCUGCGCCACGGCGGCCGCGCCGCCGCCGCCCGUGGACUACGCGGGCAACAGCAACGCCAGCACCGACGCCGACUACGUGGCCUCGCUCAAGGUCAAGCUGCUGAGCGCGGUGUCUGGGCUGAACCGGGGCCUGGCGGCGAGCCAGGAGGACCUUGACCGCGCGGACGCGGCGGCGCGGGAGCUGGAGGCGGCGGGCGGCGGGCCCGUCGACCUCAACAAGGACCUCGACCGGCUGCAGGGCCGGUGGCGGCUGGUGUACAGCAGCGCCUUCUCGUCGCGGACGCUCGGCGGCAGCCGGCCCGGCCCGCCCACCGGCCGCCUCCUCCCCAUCACGCUCGGCCAGGUGUUCCAGCGGAUCGACGUCGUCAGCCGCGACUUCGACAACAUCGUCGAGCUCGAGCUCGGCGCGCCCUGGCCGCUCCCGCCCGUCGAGGCCACCGCCACGCUCGCGCACAAGUUCGAGGUCGUCGGGACGUCGGGCAUCAAGAUCAAUUUCGAGAAGACGACGGUGAAGACGAAGGGGAGCCUGUCGCAGCUGCCGCCGCUGGAGGUGCCGCGGAUCCCCGACAACCUCCGGCCGCCGUCCAACACCGGGAGCGGCGAGUUCGAGGUGACGUACCUCGACGACGACACGCGCGUCACCCGCGGGGACAGGGGCGAGCUCCGGGUCUUCGUCAUCGCGUGAGCUUGGCGUCUGAUGGCAGGCACGGCCACGAAGUGAGACCGCGAUCCUUGCUUGCUGUGCUGUCGGUUUGUUCUAGCUGCUUGCCGUUGAACGCUCUUCUGCAUCUCUGAAUCUCUGACCGUUUUGUAGCAAUCUGCUGUGGCAUCCCGUGAUGUAGUACAAUUGGUAGUAGAAUUGGAGCAUUCAUGUAGAGUGUGGAAAAUAAGAAAAAAAUGCGGCCGUUUUGCAGUUUGCACUUGUUCAUGUGUGGAGUUGCGCAUUGCAAUUUGCAAAGCAGUCGCGGUUUGUUUCUGCA